UUUUAUAUUUCUGACAUUAUCAUCCAUAUUUUAUCAAAUAAUUACGUAGUAUUCUUCCAAUAUUUUAUUUUUGAGACAUAAAUUAGUAUUCAUCGACGAAAAUGGCUCAAAGUUCGACCAUCAUUACUCUAAGCCAAAUGUGCGAUGCUGCUCUUAACACUCCUGAGCUUGGAAUAGUGAAUUUUUCGUUGCUGCGUACGCUUCUUCAGGUUAUAAUAAAGCAGUUGAAUUUUUCUGAGACUAAAGUGGAAUAUAGAGGAUUGGAUAGCGAGAGAAUCCAGGCUUUUAUGGAAAAGGCGCAACCUGCCACUCAUUUGUACACUGAAUACUCAGUCACAGGCUCCAAAGACAUUCCCGAGCCCGACGACAACACGGUCGUUCUAGUAACGACGUCGCGAUCAUCAGCUACACCGCAAUUCACCGUGACCAUGAGCGCCGAUUACAUCGAUAGAAUGGAAAAAUCGAUCAAAAAGCUGCAGUCCAAAGUGAAAGAACUGGAAGAAUUGCCAGGAAAUAUGAAGCUCUACGAGGCGCUAGAGAAGCAGGAGGGGACUCCCAUUCUUGACAUGUUCCAAAUUUUGAACCUUCAGAAGAGGAUGGACGCUGUGGAUGGAAGCAUUGAAAAAUUGGCCUCGAUGUUGGAAGGCGCUGCUAAGAGUCAAUCUUUACAACUAGUUAGAGAUUCUCCUGAAGUAGACAGUGGCGCGCUAGCAGAUUUAGAGAGAAGAAUUAAACAGUUAGAAGAUCAGAUAGGUAGAAGAAGUACCAAAACCACUAGACGUUCCAAGGAAGCUCUUACCAAGCAACCCACAAAAGCGUCUUCCAAAGAAACAGCAUCAGAGAAAGAACGCACGUCGCUACCCUUAUCCGACGAAGAGAUAUUUACAGCAAUUAAAGAUUUAGAAAAAGAAGUUAACGCAAUAAAAGAAGUUUUGUAUACAGGUAGAGGAGGAGAGGUCGGACAAAUUGAUCCCAAGUCGCCCAAGGACGACUACGAGAUACCUUCUUAUCAACUCACUCCUGUUGCUGAUGCCCAACCGGUAGAAAUAAGAAUAAAGAAUUUGGAAUUCAAAAACACUGAGUUUAUAGAACAAAUGAAUUCCUUGGACAGCGGUUUUAGUCGUCUGGUGAAUGCUAUGCAAGGUCGGCUGGACGAACUGGAAAAAGACAUGGGAGAGAUUCUUGAACGAAUCCACCUGAUACCUUCAACAGGAGAAGCGGUAGACGCCAGCACUAAUAUUGAAGCCAUCAAAAGGCAGCUCAACUCUCUAGAAAUAGAUUUUGAAAACGUUAUAGAAAAUAUAAAGAAAAUGACAGAAGAAAAGGCUUCUAAAGACCACGCAAUAGAUGUUCUUAUCGAGCAGAUAGAGCUGCUCAAGACCAUAAAGGCAGACAGAGAAGAUUUGGAAGACGCCCUAGCGGACAAAGCAGAUGCAUGUCAAAUUAAUCGCAAGGUUUCAUACGAACAAUUUGAUCAAGCUUACGGAGACAUCAACAGAAAUUUGGAAGAAGCCCUCAAUAAGAUAACACAACAAGAAAACCUUUGGACGCAGACUCUGAUGAACAUACAGGGCGAAGUUACCGGCAAGAUGGACAAGAACGAGUUGACACCUCUUCGAGAGUUCAUCAAUAACAAACUCAAAACUCUGCAAGAUAAAUUCAAAGCUCUUUCGGCUAUGAAAAAAGAUCAGGAAGCUGCAGGUACCAAAAUGAGGUUCUUAAGAAACGUUAACUGCAUUUCAUGUGACAAAGAUGUCGUUAUGCGGAGAGAUAUAGAUCCGUCGAUGUAUCCGAAGCCUUACUCGCUGCCUCCUACCAAAAGCAUGGGACCGUAUCUGGCCUACGAACUGGAUCAGUUGAGAAAACAGCAGAAAUGUGUCCCUAGUACGAAAAAUAUGAGCGUUUUUGAAAACGCUCUUCAAACUAGUCGAUCCGCUAAGAGUCCUGAUCAUGUUUGCAAUAGAUACUGUGGUGGAAGCCAUACUGUAACGACACCUCAACAAAGAGUAACCAGAUUAGGGCAUUUCAUGGAACAAUGGGGUCCAGAAAUUGCUCCAGUUAUAGACGCAACUGUGAGAGGCACCGACGGCAAAAUGUACAAGGCCAGAAACGACGAGCACUUAAAGAAACUCGCCUCAGAAAAGCCCCCGAGUUCCCACGGCGAGAGUCCUCCAGCCAUCAUAGUAUCAGAACACGCGUCCGCGUCCACCACGAAGACUAGUCUGAUCAAUAAUCAAGAACCGGAGCCUUUAGAAACUGCCGAGCGACCUGCUCUACCUGAGAUUAAACCGAAGCAUGGUGUUAGAAUAUCAGCAGUCGUCGAAGGAGUGUACGAGGAAUUCGAAAAGAAUCUGAUGGAGAAGACCACUUCAUCGAAAACUGAAGAGUUAUAGAUUCAGCUUUUAUUAAACCAACAUCUCUGUAGUCAAUUGAUUAACUAUAUAAUAUAUUGUCCAGCACUUUUUUAAUAUAA